AUGAACCAUUUUAAAAAGUUGAAAAUAUCAUCUGGAAGAAUCAACAAAAGGUGGAGUAUUAUCAGAUCACGAAAAUCUGCAAUUCGACCAUUUCAAAAUCAGAAACCUACUUCUUUCAAUGUCUUUCAAUUGCUGGUGCCGAAGGAGAAGAUAGAAAUUGUAGUGGAUGAUACAUCAAUAGAAAUGAACAGUGGAGCAAACCAGCAAUUGUUAGAUGUUCAAAAAUUAAAUGAUGGAAAUAAAAGAGACAAAGAGAGAGACACUACAGGUUUAGAUGUUAUUUUAUUAACAGAUGAAGAAAUUUCGCCUAGCAGACAAGAGAAUUCAAGCAAAAAUGAACCCGUGAUGAUGUUACUUGAUGAGAGCCCGCCAAGUGAAUUAAAUAAUUCGGACGAAGUCAUCUGUCUGCAAGAUUUGGAAAUAGUCGGUGAAGCAGGGCCUUCUUCCACUAGGCCGCUACAGAAGGCAAUGAAGGAAGUGCAGAGUGAAAGAAGGAUUUCUGCGAUUUGCGGUAUUCACCGGACUAAACAGUCCCCUUUUCAUUCCACAGAUCUCCGAAAUUUCUCUUCGGUGCACAAUCCGCUGUCUUCAGUUUCAUCCUUAGAUGCUAGAGGUAUGCCAGAAUUUGUGGAUUUACUAACUCAAGGCACUUUAUUAAUGUGUAAAAAAUGGUUGAGAAGAUGGGAUAUUGUACAGAGUGGACUGAUCAGUGGGAACCCAUUAAGGAUAUGUAGCUACAAUGUUCUUUGUCAACAAACUGCCUAUAAAACUCCUGAACUAUACAUACAUCUUACAAAACCCGGACAUGCUUACGAAUUAACUUGGGAAUACCGGUGGAGGUUAUUGGCAAGUGAAUUCCCAAUGAUUAACGCUGAUAUUUUUUGUCUUCAGGAAGUGCAGUGCGAUCAUUACGAUCAUUUUUUUAGACCAUACUUCGAAGCCGCUGGUUUCCUUGGUAAAUAUAAGAAGCGAACGCAUAGCUUGAUAGAUGGCUGUGCGAUAUUUUACAAAUCUCAUUUUCAACUGCUUCAUUAUCAAUAUAUUGAGUAUUACGUGAAUGAUGAUUCAGUAUUGGACAGGGAUAAUGUCGGUCAGCUGGUUCGUUUGAAAGAUAUGCGAAAUGGACGGGAAUUUUGCAUUGCGAAUACACAUUUAUUAUUUAAUAAACGACGUGGUGAUGUCAAACUUGCGCAACUUGCUGUUUUACUUGCAAACAUUGACAAGGAAUGUGGUCCGGAAUCUGGCCAAGAAUGUCCAUACGUUCUAUGCGGUGAUUUUAAUAUUCAACCGCAUAGUCCACUGUAUAAUUUUAUCAUGAGUGGUGAGAUUUGUUUUACUAACCUUCAACGAGGUAAUAUUUCGGGUCAAGGUAAUGCUGGUGGACCGUUUGUUUCAGUUAAUCUAUUACCUGAAGAUAUAGGGAUUGGUCGGAAUUGUCGAUUCAAAUAUCUGAAAAAUCGUACAAUGUUACUACCUUCGGUAAAUUGUUGGAGUCAUCCGCUUUGUUUCAACAGUGUUUAUCAUAUAAAUGCUAAGAAUGGACCAGUGAUUUCGACAUAUCAUAGUGUUGAGGCUGUUAAUCCAGAUUUUAUAUUUUAUUCUGUCAAAUCAAAAGGAAUUAAGAAUUCGGGUUCAGCAAUAAGUGUGUCUGAAAAAGAAAUUCGACUGAUUCGACGUCUCAGUUUGCCAAGUAUGGAACAGUUAGCUGGAACUUUAGGACCGUGGCCUAAUUCAACGACUCCGUCCGAUCAUAUACCUCUCAUUGCUGAUUUUGUUUUGCAAUAA